AUGGUGGCUAGUAUGUAUGAAGUUGGGGGAGAUUGUUUAAGGUGGGGGUUCAUGCCUAGGCAAAGAUACUCUCAACCCAUUUCUAUUGAAGUAACAACUAUAUCAAACCUUCUUUCUUCAAACUCAAUUCAAGAAGGUGUUUUGGAUAGCCGAGUUUGGGUCGGAAAUGUUCAUGGUAAAUACACGGUUAAGGAUGGUAUUAGGAGCGAUGAAGAUGAAGGUGAGCCAAAUUUUCCAAUUGAUGUUGUAUGGAGCCGAGAGUAUCCUUACAAAAUCAACUUUUUUCUUUGGCUUCUUUCACAUGAUCGGAUAAUGACGGCGGAUAAUCUAUUAAGAAGAGGUAUGAAUGUUUCUAGUUUAUGUUGUUUUUGUGAUGAAGACGAUGAAACUAGCUCGCAUUUGUUCUAUGAAUGUUGGAGAACUCGGAGAAUUUGGGAUUACUUUGUCGAAGGAUGUCGUUUUGAAUGGACUUACAAUUCAAAUGUGACUAUCAAUGUGAAGUCUUGGAAGUUUAAUUGGUGUGACGAAAGACUUAGUCAAAUUUGGAAUAACAUUCCGGUUGCAAUAUGGUGGUGUAUAUGGAGAGAGAGAAAUGCAAGAGUCUUUGAUAACAAAAAGAAAACUUUGGUAACCCUUAUUAGAAAUGUUAAACUUCAAGCCUUCUUUUGGGCCGAAUCGAACACAAAAAUGUUGGGUCUAAUGGCAAAUAUGGUGAUCGCAUUAUGGGACUCUUUAUUCCGGCAUUUGUAA